ACGGUAUUCCUCCGAACGUAACACGUGCUUCUUUGUUGUGAAGUUUGAUUUUUUUUAAAUUAAUUUGUGGAGCGCGAUACAAUGAAGGCGUUUUGUGAAAUUUGUGACUCUUUGGGAUGGGUUUUCCUUGUGAUAUUAUACUGUGCUUCUGACAAAGGAUUUGUGACAGCAUCCAAGCCACCCCUCCAACAACAUUUUCUGCAAACGCCCAAAGACAUGAUUGCAGUAGAAGGGAGUACUUUCGAUUUACCAUGUCAAGUUGGAGAUCUGGCAGGGGACGUACAAUGGAGCAAAGAUGGUUUUUUACUCGGUUUUGACGCUGCAAUACCUGGAUAUUUGCGGUACAGUAUGAUUGUGGAUGCGCCUAAGGGAAUUUAUAAUUUGCGUAUACAUAAUGUUCAAAUGGAUGAUGAAGCCGAAUACCAAUGCCAGGUUGGUCCAGCACUGAACAAUCAACCGAUUAGAGCAGAAGCACGUGUUAGUGUUAUAGUUCCUCCUAGGGUAAUGGAAAUACGAGGUCACAAAAACGGAAGCACUGUAGAAAUGAGGGAGGGGCAGAAGUUGUCUCUUCAAUGCUCAGCAAGAAACAGUAAACCGGCCACCAAACUGAAAUGGAUGAGAAACGGCAUAGAAGUUACUAAAGAUACAACACCUUUUAGAGACGAAGAAACCAUUUCUAGUUUAAAGACUACAUCCACUUUUAUAACACUGUCACCAAAGCUUGACGACAACGGCGCCAUCUACAGUUGCGUUGGAGAACAUCCAGCGGUUUCAAGAGCUUUGAGAACUAAUGUUUUUCUAAGUGUUUUAUUUCCUCCCGGACCUCCACAAAUCGAAGGCUAUCAUGAUGGAGACAUUGUGCAAGUAGGUGAUAAAUUGACUUUGGCUUGUAUAUCAAGGGGAGGCAAUCCCCCUGCGAAACUCAUCUGGUUUCGAAACGAUGACCAAGUCGAUAUCACUUAUUCAACUGGGGGUCGUGAAGCAACUAAUACACAUACGUUCACUGUCGGUCCUAAAGAUAAUAAAGCAGUUUAUAAAUGUGAAGCCUCAAACGUAGUGACGUUGCAGCCUUUAACAGCAUCUGUGAGAUUAAAUGUUUUAUUUGCACCAACCAAAGUAACGAUUAGUGGUCCAAAAGAAGUCCGCAUUGGUGAAUCCGUGACACUAUCAUGUUUGACUGGCUCCAGCAAUCCCCCAGUAGAAGUAUCAUGGGUUGUUGAUGGAAGACCCAUGAUGUCCACCCAGGCUGUCACUGAAGAUAAGACUGGAGGAUGGGUGACGUCAUCGAACGUUACAGUUUCUGUGUCCAGGCAGGAUCCUGACACAAAAACAUUUUCCUGUUACGCAGUAAGUGAAGCAUUAGGAGAAACAAUUGUGCAGACGUCAACUGUAGCUGUCGUAUACCCUCCAUCAGCGCCAACUAUUACUGGAUUUGAAGAAGGAAAACCAAUCAAAGCUGGUGACUUACAAAAGUUUACUUGUGUUUCUACGGGUGGAAAUCCCCAAGCAUCUUUGAAAUGGUUCAAAAAUGAUAAAGAGAUCCGUGCAGUAGAGAAAAGUUCAACAACUGGUACAAUGAGUGAACUAGUGUUACGUGCUGAGUCCAGUGAUAAUGGCGCUACCUAUAGAUGCGAAGCUAGCAACAGUGCUUUAAAAAAACCAUUAACAGCAGAAGUAAAACCGUCAGUGCUCUUUCCCCCAACAUCGGUUUCUAUCAAAAUAAAACCCAGAAAACCAAAAGCGAAAGAUUCAGUGACACUAACGUGCGAGACGUCUAGCAGCAAUCCAGAAGCUACGAUUUUGUGGUGGAAAGAUGGAGAAUCCAUUCCGGGCCACCAUGAAGGGGUUGUGGAUGCUUCAUACGGAGGAAAAUCAACAAAAAAUCGUGUCCGGUUCAACGUAACUUCAGCUGAUGAUUUGAGCUCAUAUACAUGCCAAGCAACAAAUCAUGUCUUAAGGAGAACUGUCCAUGAAAUAUUCACUCUGAGGGUGUUGUAUAAGCCCGAGUUUCUCCUUACUGCAGCAGAACGCUUUGAUGUUCUUGAAGGCGAGUCUACAGUAGUCAAUGCAACAGCCAAGGGAAAUCCAAAUCAAAUCACCUAUUCAUGGACAAGAAACGGUCUUCCUCUGUUGGACAUGGCUGAUGGCAGUGCUAGGCCUAGCGGGGCCCGGUACGGACAUAGAGCUGUUUACAGAGGGCCCUUGCUGGAACUGACAGAUGUGACGAGGGAUGACGGAGGUGAAUAUGGCUGUGAAGCAGCAAACACCGAAGGAGUAACAUGGACAUCAGUAAACAUUAAUGUCAUAUAUCCAGCUCGUGUCACCAAAUUAACAAGGACAUUAAUGAUCGGUACUGGAGAAAACGCCGAAUUCGAGUGUGAAGCUGACGCCAACCCCGCUGUAAAUCGAAUGAUCACGUGGCGUAGAACUGGCUUCGACUUCACCAGGACGCGGGAAGCUGUUGAACGAGGGAAAUCAGUGCUCAGCGUGAUCAAUAUUACUCGUCUGGAUGCUGGAGAAUUUGACUGCGUGGCCUACAAUGGAAUUGGGAAAGAAGCCGUCCAACGAGCUCAGCUCAUAGUCAAGUUCAAACCAGAAGUGCGUUUGCCACACAGUUUUGUGGACGUUGCUGGUGAAGAAGGUGAAGCUGCAAGACUUGUUUGCCUAGCUGAAGGAGCGCCAGCUGUCAGCUUUGUAUGGUCCUACAAUGGCGGCGUCAUCGGUGGAGACAUUUUUGGCAGUAGUAAAUAUGCUUCCCAGGCAGCUCAAUUAGACGACCUUACAUGGGAAAGUGUGUUGUUUGUGAAACAUUUACAAGCUUCUGAUUUCGGAUACUACACAUGCGUGGCAAGGAAUGAGUUGGGACACGACCACGUCAAAGUCAAACUUCGAAGAAGAGGUCCUCCCGAUCCCCCAUAUAGCAUAAGAAUCGUCAAUUCUUCUUCGGACAGCGUGGUAGUCAGUUGGACUCCAGGAUACAGCAGUGGCCUUCCGCAACAGUUCAGAAUACGAUAUGAAAUUACCGGUUCAAAUGAUCCCAAAUAUGUUGAUGUCUUCCCAGCAAACACCACAGUGUUUGUUAUUUCUGGGCUGGAACCAGAAAAGGAAUACAGUUUCAGCAUGUCAGCCAGAAACAUGCUGGGUGAGAGCUUGUAUAGCAAAGAGAACACAAGAGCUAUCACACAAAAAUCAAGAGGAAAUGCAAUGGCGCCAACUGGAGCAAGUCAAGAUGCCUUGAGCGAGAGCAAUGCUGAGCUUCCAAAACUCCUGCUUGUUGUUGUUUCUGUAGUCGGAUCGCUUCUAUUAAUAUUAAAUGUUGUUCUAGUCAUCUGUUUCAUUAAAAGACGGAAAAACAGACACCACCAUGGUCGAGGGAGUCCUAAAACAAUAACGCAAACAACAACUCCCGAUUCCUUGAUGUAUACGCCCAGCAAAUAUCAACAAUCCAUCAACGGAGAGGCAAUUUGUCAGGUAGACGACAAAACCAGCUAUCAAGAAGAAAUCCUAAUGAAAGAGCUCUUUGAGACCAAAAAGCAAGUAAACGACAAGUGUCUUCAAAGUUAUGACACAUCCAAAUCAUACGAAUACUCACAUUCCAGGAAAAAAGAUAACUGCCCAGACAUACUGAAAAACCGAGGAAUGGAUCAUGUGAGCUUACAGUCAGUUCCUCUGACAGCCUCGAUAUCGUCAAGUGAAGUCAUCACUACUCUAACUGAGGACACUCGCUACCCAAGAAGGGUUCUUCUUCCAGACGAUACCGCGCUUUGUCAUACGAGACAAACGGAGAGUCCUCCUGGAAGCUGCAUACUUGGCACAGUUGGGAGCCAUCUUGUGUGA